UAGGGUUUAAGCAAGAAAAAAAGCUAGACAAGUAUCGAUCUCUUCUUUCCUUUGAGAUUUUCUAGUGCAAUCGUAACCUCCGAAGAUCCAAGAUGGCUCGUAAUGAAGAGAAAGCACAGUCUAUGCUCAACAGGUUCAUCACCCAGAAAGAAGCUGAGAAGAAGAAGCCAAAAGAGCGUCGACCUUUCCUUGCAUCUGAAUGCCGAGAUCUGGCGGAAGCAGACAAAUGGAGACAGCAAAUUCUGAGAGAGAUCGGAAGCAAAGUGGCUGAGAUUCAGAACGAAGGAUUAGGAGAGCACCGACUUCGAGAUCUAAACGACGAGAUUAACAAGCUUCUCAGGGAGAGAUAUCAUUGGGAGCGGCGAAUCGUUGAGCUAGGUGGUCCGAAUUAUUCUAAACACUCUGCGAAAAUGACGGAUCUUGAAGGUAACAUCAUCGAUGUACCUAACCCUAGUGGUCGUGGUCCUGGGUAUCGUUAUUUCGGAGCUGCUAAGAAACUUCCUGGAGUUAGAGAGCUUUUCGAGAAGCCACCGGAGCUGAGGAAGCGUAAAACGAGGUAUGAUAUAUAUAAAAGGAUAGAUGCUAGCUAUUACGGGUAUAGAGAUGAUGAAGAUGGUAUUUUGGAGAAAUUGGAGAGGAAUGCUGAAGGAGUGAUGAGGAAAAGAUCGGUGGAGGAGUGGCGGAGGUUGGAUGAGGUUAGGAAGGAAGCUAGGAAAGGUGCUAGUGAGGUUGUGAGUGUUGGAGCUGCUGCUGCUGCGGCGAGGGAGGUGUUGUUUGAGGAGGAAGAAGAUGUGGUGGAGGAGGAGAGGAUGGAGAGGGAGAGAGAGGAGGAGAAAGAGAGGGAAUUUGUGGUUCAUGUUCCGUUGCCUGAUGAGAAGGAGAUAGAGAAGAUGGUGUUGGAGAAGAAGAAGAUGGAUUUGCUUAGUAAGUAUGCAAGUGAAGAUUUGGUUGAGCAGCAGACUGAGGCUAAAUCCAUGCUCAAUAUUCAUAGAUAGAAAGGUGAUCAUCUUUUUCUUGCAAGGCUUAUUAGGCAUAUCAUAGUAUAAUGAUAUUAUCUCUAGUUUCCUUUGCAGUUCUUGAUCGGAAAAUUGAUUGACUUGUUGUGUUUUUUUAAUAAAUUUGGAUCAGUUAU